AUGAUUACCUUGGCAAACAUUCGAAAAGGUGUGCUUUUGCACAAGUUGAUCCUAUUAGAGGCCAUGGGACCUUUGUCUUUUUCCCCGAUCCAGCAUACGGCUGGUGAGUCCCCCGGAGAACUGCUGAAUCUGAAAGAAGUCUCGGCUAAUCUUUAG